UUUUACUUCCUCCAGCAGCGCCUUGCAUCAGAGCAGACGAGCGUCAUUGCUGAGAACUGUCCACCUCGUCUGUGGGUUUCUUUCCCCCCCACCCCCCACCAGCACUUCGGUGAUUCCUGUACUCCGCUGCUGUCCCGUCCCCGGAGUCGAGAGAUGUGGAGAACUGUACUGAGAGCCAGGAGCCUGAUGCCAGGCGCAAUCCCUGCCAGAGUCCCGGUCCCUCCGAGAGCCAGGCCUGGGACAGCGCUGCUCUGUAGCCGAGUGAACCAGGGCGGAGCUGUUCAAGCUACAGAGCCCAGUAUGCAGCCUGCAGCACCUCAGCCAGCCUGUUCUGCCUACAAACUCCAAGGCCGUACACCUUCAGCAUUAGACAAGAAGCUUCUCCUGUGGUCUGGGCGCUUCAAAAGAGAGCAGGAUAUACCAGAAAUGGUUUCGAAUGAAAUGCUUUAUGCAGCUGGAAACAAAAUCAGGGUGAAGAUCUGCUACAUAAUGAUAGGUUUGACAGUUAUGGCCUGUUUGGUAAUGGUGGUCUCUGGAAAGAAGGCUUUUAAACAGCAUGAGAACCUCACCAAAUGGAACUUGGAGAAAAAAGCCAAAUUGAAGGAGGAAUUUGAACAGAAGCUGGCCACAGAAAAAGCACAGUAACUGCAAUAAAGACUAGCUGUACCAAUUUACCUCUUCCUAUCAGUGGCACGAAAGACAAACUAAUGGUCUCUUCGACAACGGGUUCUGAAGUAUGUUGGUACACAGUUAACGACAGUCAGGAUGAGUACUCAGCAAUGUCAUCAGUGCUUGUUCUGAAGAAUGGGCCAAUCCUCCCUUAUUUCCAUUUUAUACUCUCCCACACUUCUCUGAAACUUUUUGUUUUAGAUUUUAUGAUUGUCAAAUGAAGCCAGAUUAUUAUUGAUACUUUCCAAUGAAUUGCUAUCUUUUGUUUCUAGCAGAGAAGCCAGCUCAUUUCACUGGGUAAUAUAUCCACUGAUGGCAAGCUGAGGAAUUUGAGACUUUUUUUCGCCCCGCUGGAGUCUGUGUGUCUAUGACAUGGAUACUCAGGCCACACCUCUAUUAAAUUAUUAAUCUCAAUAUAUAAUGGCAUUUUUGCUACCUCUUUUUGAAUACUCAAAGCAUAACGUCAGCACUUGGUCGCAGCUCAGCUCUCUGGUGAUGUUAAUGAAUGAUCCUCCAUUUAUUUCAAAUUUUUUUUUAGCAUCGCCAGUAUUUUGUUUUUCUCAUAUAAUUCCUACCCUUUGAAAACCAGGUUGGUCUCCUGCAGUGUGGAUUGAUCUUUAUCAGAGCGAAAAUUGCAACAUCCUAUCAGCAUUUUUCAAUCACGAUAAAACACCACAGAUCAUAGUGAACCAAGCCAGUAAACCACUAUCCUCCCACAUCAGGGAAAUCUGUUUUUAAUUAUGAAAGUCAACCUUCAAAGGUUUAAUGUAUGUCAUGUCUAAAACUGUAGUAUUAAAUCAAUUUAAUAUUUUGUAGCAGAUUCUAGUCUGAUGGUUCUUGUGACUUCCUGAAUAAAAAUUAUCUGUUAUCUUGUUGUCUAAA